AUGGAGAUAGACGUUGUAGAAAGUUCAAACAACCUAAGUGAACCAUUACCAAGACCUUCAGAAUCAGUCCAACAUGUAAGAACCAUGAGAAACAAAAGAGCUAAUUCACAAUCAUCAUCACCAUCACCAUCACCGUCAUUUCGUCCCUGGGUUAGAGGUAACUUUAGUGAUACAAGUGUGUUUGUAAACCAACAGGUAUCACUGCUUCUAUCGAUGCUGAUGGCAUCAUUGUCAUAUGAUGCCCGCUUUAUUAGAGGUAACAACGAUGGCAGAGAUGUGCAUACAAAUCGACAACUACUACUACCACCACCACAAUCAUAUUGUCCUCUCACAGUUGGAGGAAAUGAUAAUUACAUAAGCAUGCAAGCAAACCAGUUGCAACAAAUGCUUCAACCGAUAAGAAGGACCAAUAAACUUCGUCUGAAAAAAUUUCUUGGCAAAGGAGGAGGAAACAAGAAGAAAGGAUCUGGAAAUGGAAAAAGACUUUCAUGGAUGAUGCCAAUAACUCAUGGAUACUAUGUGGCGGAGGAAAGACGCGGCGGAUCACGGCCACAAACGCCUCAAAGUAACAAGGUAGAGUGUGAUAAAGUGGUGGUUCAAAGGGAACAAGUGGAAGAACAAGAGUGGUGGUUUUAUGGUGUUUUCGACACAAGAAUUGGGAGCGGAGUUACCAAGUACCUGCAGACUCAUUUGUUUGACAACAAUCUUAACGAGUCACAGAUGAAGAAGAAUAGCAAAGAAACAUUGAAAAAGGCACAUGUUCAUGCAAAAGCUAAGGUCAGGGAAACAGAGAAACUAGAAAGCACCUGGAAAAUGGGUUCAGCUUCUGCAUUAGUCAUCAACGGAGAGAGGCUAGUACUCGCAAACAUGGGCGAAUACAAAGCUGUAGUAUGCAGAGACGGCGAAGCUUUUGAAAUUAACAGAAGGCAACAGCAAACAACAAAGCCACAUUGGUCUCAUAAGCUCUUCCCAGGUGUCAAACGCUUAUCUAAAGCUGGAGUUGAUAAGCCUUCUAAAAGGUCGGAAGUUCUUGUUGGUUCUGAAAGAAUUGAUCGCGAUACUGAAUUUGUUAUCCUAGCAAGUCCUGGCAUAUGGGAGGUAAUGAAGCAGCAAGAAGCAGUGAACCUGAUCAGGCAUUUGGAAGAUCCACAAGAAGCUGCUGAAUGCUUAGCCAAAGAGGCUAUAAAUAGAAUGAGCAAGAGCAAUGUUUCUUGCCUUAUCAUUAGGUUUGAGUGAUGCAGAAAUGAGAAAGGUUGUGUAGAACUUACUAGCAUUUCUGAAUGAAAGAAACUACACCUUUCAACUAUACAUACUCUGUAAUGAGUGAUCCUUCCCAUUUACAGAACCGGGAAGUUAUCCAAAUACAUAUUAGGAGUAAUAUAUUUUUAGCAUAUUAAGUUUGCUUUUUCAAGCAAUACUUCUGUAAGCUCAAGCUAGGAUCUCAGAACUAG